UUGUUAUGUGACAUAAGACAUAACCUAAAAUAUGCCUAAAAUCUUUAUCAAACAAUAAAAUUCAAGUUUCAAAGUUCAUAGUUUUGUAAAAAAUACUGUAUUAUUAUAUCAAAAAUAUUUCUGUUACUUAUAUGAUUUUUUAAAUUUCAACAUGUUACACUGGAAUUUUUUAUUAAGAGCAACUAAGCGAAGAGAAAUUCUACAAAUCCCUCAUCGUUGUUUAAAUCUCCUAGAAUACCAGAGUAAAAAUCUUCUAAGAAAAAGUAAUGUUGCAAUCCAGGACUUCUGUAUGGUUGAUAAAAAUGGAUUUCAAGAACUGGAUAAUUUUCAUGUUAAAGAAUAUGUAGUAAAAGCACAAAUAUUAGCUGGGGGUAGAGGAAAAGGACAUUUUGAUACUGGGUUUAAAGGAGGAGUCCACAUUACUCAAAAUCGAGAUGAAGUACCAAAACUAGCCCAUCAAAUGAUAGGUCACAAAUUGAUAACCAAGCAAACUCCAAAAGAUGGGAUAGAAGUAAGCAAAGUUAUGAUAGCAGACAGUGUAAAUAUCAAAAGAGAAACUUAUGUUUGUAUUUUAAUGGAUAGGCAAAGAAAUGGACCAGUGAUUAUAGCUUCGCCCGCAGGAGGGGUAGACAUCGAAGCAGUAGCAGAGAAAACUCCUCAUCUUUUAAAAAAUCUUCCCAUAGACAUUUACGAGGGGAUUACUGAUAAAAUGGCAGAUGAAAUCGCCGACUUUUUAGAAUUUAAAGGAGAACUCAAGGCCAAAGCCAGUGCAGAAAUCAAGAAACUCUGGCAGUUAUUUGUAACUAUAGAUGCCACACAGUUAGAAAUUAACCCAUUAGUUGAGACUGAUGAUAAAAGGGUUAUAUCUGUAGAUGCCAAAAUUAAUUUUGAUGAUAAUGCUAAAUUCAGACAAAAGGAAAUUUUUGCAAUGGAAGAUGUCACUGAAAGUGAUCCCAGAGAAGUUGAAGCUUCCAAACAUAACUUGAAUUAUAUUGGAAUGACGGGUAAUAUUGGGUGUUUAGUAAAUGGUGCUGGACUUGCAAUGGCAACAAUGGACAUCAUCAAAUUACACGGUGGAGAUCCAGCAAAUUUUUUGGACGUAGGAGGUGGAGUGAAAGAAGAUCAAGUAAAAGCCGCAUUUAAAAUAAUCACAUCUGAUGUGAAUGUUAAGGCAGUUUUAGUAAAUGUAUUUGGGGGCAUUGUCAACUGCGCAACAAUAGCCAAUGGUAUCGUGGGGGCCCUAAAAACUAUGAAUUUGAAAAUUCCAUUAAUUGUUAGACUAGAGGGCACUAAUGCAGUUGAGGCUAGGAAAAUCAUUAGUAGUUCCGGACUUGAUAUUAUUACUGCUGAAGAUUUGGAUGACGCAGCUCAAAAAGCUAUCCAUAGCAUUUAAUAUUAUUGCCAUAAAGAAAUAGACUGAAUUUUGUCUUUUUAUAUUGUUAGAUUUAUGUACUCUUUUUAUAUCUUUUGAUAAGUUUUUCGUUUCAGUUAUAUAAUUAUUGUUUAUUGUUUUCAUAAAAAUGGUUUAUCAACUUUUAAAAUAUUUUAUCACAAAGUUAAGGUUAAAACCGUCUACACACGCCCUGACAAAACCUCCUAACACGACAAAAUUCCCCGACCAUUUUUGUCGGGGUCAGAUCUACACGUACGUUCUGACAAAACGUAAAAUUAUUACUUUCCUUAGAAAUUUGAAUGGCUCUGAAUUUCACCGUACCAAAAGAACUAUUUUAAAAGGAAAAUCUUUCUUUAUUACUGUUGAAAUACAUUAGAAAAUUAAAUAAACUUCAUCAUCAUCAUCAACAUCAUCAUCAUCUUGGUGCUACAGCCCUUUAGAGGCCCUCGACCUUCUCAAGCUUUCUACGCCAUUCUGUUCUGUCCCUGGCUUGCAUUUUCCAGUUGCCUACUCCGAUCUUCUCGGCAUCUUGUGUUACUUGUGUUACCCCGUCCAUCCAUCUCAACUUUGGUCUACCCUGUCUUCUUAUUCCCACGGGUUGAGCUGUUAGAAUCUUUUUUAUCAUGUUCAAUUCAGGGGCCCGGGCUACAUGUCCUGCCUACUGCAGGCGGUUUCGCCUAAUUAUAAUGAUAAUAUCUUUUCCACUAAAUGUAUGCUUUAGCCCGAUCAGGGAACGCAAAAUUUUACGAAAACCUCCAAAAAAAUAAAGGAAGGAUGAAAAUUUGGGAAUAGGUAGUUGAAAUUGUCUAUUAUUAUAUAAGAAAAAGUUUACAAUUCUACAUCCCCUCCAUUUUACAAAAAUUGGAAAAUACGGGGUGAAAAAUUUUUUCUCGGGGGUGAAAAAAUAUACGUUCAAAAUAAGUCCGGAAUUGGAUAAAAUUACUAAUUCUAAGUAACUUUUGUUCUAUAGAAUUUUUUACUAAGUCAGUACUUUUCGAGUUAUUUGCGAGUGAAUGUGUUCAUUUUUAACAAAAAAAAAACAUGUUUUUGGACGGUUUUUCGGAGAUAACUCAAAAAGUAAGUAUUUUAGCGAAAAAAAUAUUCCUAGUAAAAAUAUAGCUGAUAAAAAAUUGAAAAAAAAUGGUGUAUGCUUGACGUCUGCAGACCCAGAAGAAGCAGAGUUGCAGCUAAUGAAAUGUAGGUUCUUCUUCGUCAAAUUCCAAAUCGAAUAUUUCAAUGUGAAAUAACCAAAAAACGGAGCACUUUUCGGAGAAAAUUAAUUACAACUUUUUUACAGUGUUUAAAAAACAGUUUAUUUUUGUUUUUUAAAAAAACUUCUAACAUUAAAAGUAAGUGAGUUACGCUCAAAAUAUUGUUGGUACCUUUUAUUUUUUGGCAAAAAAAUGGCGAAAAUCACCCCUUAAUUAGCUUCUCAAAUAAAAUUAAUCGUUACCGCUUUACAAGUUACUUUACUUAUGUAUUGUUUAUAUUAUCUAUAAGUUUCAUUGGUACAAAGUGCUCAGUUUUGAAAAAAAUUGGGUUUAAAAUAAAACAUUUUUUUUUAUUUUGAAAAAAAUCGUAACUGUUUAUGGAAUUAACUUAAAAACAAUUAGGAAUACCAAAAUUCUCAAAGAGUAAUAAAAUGUACGUUUUGCUUUUCUGAAUAUCUUUGAUUUUUUGUUUUCUUGUUAGACAAAAAUAAUUGGUUAUGCUAUGGCUGUUCAAAAUUUACCUAAACUCGUAAUUAGUUACUCGUUCAAGCCAUUUUAACUACAGCUUUUUCAAAACGAAGCACUUUGAACCGAUGAUGAAACUUACAGAUCAUAUAAAUAAUACAUAGACAAAGUAACUUGUGAAGUGGUAAUGUUAAAAUUUAUAUGUGAUGCUAAUAAGGGGGUUAUUUUCGCGAUUUUUUUACCAAAAAAUAAAAGGGACCAACAAUAUUUUGAGCGUAAUUCACUUACUUUUAAUAUUACAAGUUUUUUUAAAACACAAAAAUAAACCUUUUUUUAAACACUUUAAAAAAGUUAAAAUGAAUUUUCUCGUAAAAGUGCUCCGUUUUUGGGUUAUUUCACAUUGAAAUAUGUAUUCGAUUUGGAAUUUAACGAAGAAGAACCUACUUUUCAUUAGCUGCAACUCUGCUUCUACUGGGUUUACAGACCUCAUGUAUACACCAUUUUUUCCAAUUUUUUAUAGGAUAUUUUUGCUAAGAAUAUUUUUUCGCUAAAAUACUUACUUUUUGAGUUAUCUCCGAAAAACCGUCCAAAAACAUGUUAUAUUUUGUUAAACAUGAACAUAUUCACUCGCAAAUAACUCGAAAAGUAUUGACUUAGUGAAAAACUCUAUAGAAGAAAAGUUGUUUAGAAUUAGUCAUUUUAUCCAAUUCCGGUCUUAUUUUGAAUGUAUUUUUUUCAUCUUCGAGAGGGGGGUAUUCCCCUCCAUUUUACCAAAAUGUAGAAUUGUAAACUUUUUCUUAUAUAAUAAUAGACAGUUUCAACUACCUAUUCCCAAAUUUUCAUCUUUCCUUUAUUUUUUUUGGGGUCAGAUAGUUCUUUGAUCGGGCUACUUGUAGAUAUUCUGCAGAUCAAAGUUAUAACUACGCCUCCAUAUUCCGUUCUCACAGACUGCUCCGAAUAUCUUGCGUAGCACCUUUCUUUCAAAAAUCGAUAGAGCGGAUUCAUCUGUUUUAGUUAGCGUCCAUGCCUCUGAUCCAUAUGUGAGAACGGUGUCAAUGUUCUAUACAGCCUUAUACGAGUUUUUUGAGACAGACCUUUGUUAGAUAAGUACUUCGAUAGACCAUGAUAACACCUGUUUGCAAUUAUUAUUCGCCUUUUUAUUUCCUCAGAUGUGUUAUUAUUGGGGUUAACCGAUGUCCCUAGAUAUAUGAACUCUGACCGCUUCGAAGUUUUGGUCAUUGAUGAUUAGAUCUGCGUCAACAUUUCCCCUCCUAUCUAAAUUAGCGUCUCGUACAACUUUUUCUAAGGCUACAUUAAAAAGCUGACACGCCAGCGCCUCUCCCUGCCUUAAUCCCCUAUGAAUUUCAAAUGGGGUUGACGAGUCGUUUUGAAUUUUUACUGCUGAUAGCAUCUUCGCCAUUGUCACUUUUAUCAAACAUAUGAGUUUUUUUGGAAUUCCUAACUCAUUCAUAGCGUUGUAAAAAAUUGCUCUUAAGACACUGUCAUAUGCCGCUUUAAAAUCGACAAAGAUAUGGUACAUAUAUAUGUUAAACUCUUGCGCUUUUUCGAGGAUCUGUCGUAGUGUAAAGAUCUGGUUAAUGGUUGAACGUCCACGCCUAAAUUCUGCCUGAUAUUCUCCUAGAAACGUUUCGGUAUAAGGCUUCAAUCUCUCGUGUAAAAUGUUUGACAAUAUCUUGUAUGCUGUAUUUAGGAGAGUUAUUCCGCGGUAAUUAUUGCAUUCCAGUUGGUUUCCCUUUUUGUGUAACGGGCAUAUUAAGCCUAAACUCCAUUCUUCAGGCAUUUGCUCCUCAGACCAAAUUUUACAACCAAUUUCUCGCAUCACCUUGGUGAUUUGCUCUCCACCGUGCUUAAAUAACUCUGCUGCGAUGCCAUCGCUGCCUGGGGAUUUGUGGUUCCUUAGUUUUUCUAUAGAUAUUUUCACUUCUUUUACCGAGGGGGUAGAAAUAAACUUAUCACAAUGUAAUACGAAUUCGGCACAAAAACUAUAAAAUAAUAUUUCUAAUUAAGGUGCGUAUCUACUUUUACAACGCUUUUACUAUACUGCGAAAUAGGACACGCUGCAAAUCGUACGCAACUGAUUAGCGCAUUUUUUUGAAUUGCAGGCUAGGUGCAAUUUUUUAUUCCGCAUACCAAUAUAUGUUUUAGUGUAAGCAAAUUGGUUUUUGAAGUUAUACUUCUUUAGGCAGGAGGGUGAAUUUUUAUUUUCCUGGGCACAUGCGCACACCGACAGUAUGGUAUUAGUCGCUCAAACGUUAUACGGGAUCUGAUUGGGUUUUAAAAUCAUCUGCCAAUAAUUAUUCAAUAUGGAGAUUAUGUGUAUAUUAGUUUUUAUUGUUGUGAUGGCAGAGAAAAAGCAAGUUUAUAAUUGUAGUGACUUUUUAAAUAGUUUUUAAAAGAGACAUGUACGUAAUAAUUGUAAAUGUUUCAGUAUCCUAAUAAAAAAUUACAUAGGUAGGUACCUACCUAUUUGGAAAAUUUUAAAUGAACCUACCAAAAUGGUAUGUAAUGCUUUGAUUUACAUAAUUUGAUUACCAUCAAAAUUUCUAUCAAUAUUCACCUAAUAUAUUGUUUUCUUACUCUAUGUUUUGUUGUAUUUUAUUAUUUCAAUUGUGCAAAAAUCAAAAUAAUUUGGUUAAAUUCAGAACUGUCAAAAGUUUAAACCGUUUAGUUAGUCGAUCUUCCCACAUGACGCAUGUGUCUCCGUGGGUAAAUGUGUAAGAUGAAUGAAUUUCAAUACUAACUGCGCUAACAUAAGCGGGUUCGAACCCCAAUACAAACUUUAAUUUUUUUUAUACAUUUUAUGAUUGUAAGUAUAUUUAUUAUAUAAUUUUUUUUUUUCAGAAAAUACGUAUUUAGUUAAAAAAAUUUCCGACAAUGUGUUUAUGUUUGUUUUAUUCGUUUAUUUUUUUAAUUUUUGGUAUUGUUUUAAUAAAAAUUUUUGAAAAGUAGUAAGUAUUAAAAUCAGUUUAAUAUUUAAAUAAAAUGUAAAUAAACUGUUUAAAGUAUAUUAAUUUCGUUGAAAUCAUAUAAUUGAAGUGUAACUUCUUACGUGCGUACAAAGUACACACACAUUCUUUUUUUUUAUUUAUAAUUUUGAAACUUGUGCAUUUGUAUGUUAACGAAUACGAAAAGAAUGAGAUAAACAAGGUAUUACGAAUAUGGUAAAUUUUAACAUAACGUGUAUAAGCCGUAUUUUUAAAUUUGUAACGUCAUAAUUGGAGUACAAAAAAUGCAACAUGUUAAAAUAUACAGCAGCAGGUAGUAAAUUACUCUAUUUUAUAGACCUUAGCAUAGUUAACACGUAAUUUGUGUCCACCGCUUUACAAAAGCCACCCGUAUAGAUUAUUAUUUAACAAUUAUUCAUCCGUGUUGUAGUCAGAGGUCAGACACGAUCAAUUUUAUCAGGAUAUUGAAAUAGACUGUCAGGAUUACUUGAUUUUGUGUGUCAGGAUUUUUGUCGUGCGACAAGCCUACACACGCUCCAACAGUCAGACCCAACGUUGUCGGCCCCGACAGUCGGGCGAUUUUGUCAGAACGUGUGUAGACGUUAGUUAUACUCAAUGAUGGAAAUAUCCAUCUUCUGCAUAUCUCCUACAUCCUACAUAUUUAAUAUGUAAAUCAACAGAUUGACAAUAAGCAAUCAUAUUUAAAGAUUAAUUCCAAUUUCACAAUUUUUAUAGAUAUCUUUAUUUUAAAUUUUUACAUCUCAACAGAUUGACAAUAAGCAAUCAUAUUUAAAGAUUAAUUCCAAUUUCACAAUUUUUAUAGAUAUCUUCUGUAUUGUUCAACAAAUGACAAUAAUUUUUUUAUUAUUUACGCAUUUACAUUUAACAUACAAUCCGUAAGUACAACAAAUGAAAGUAGAUGUCUUAUGUAAUAAAACUGUAUUUUAUAUUUUUUAAAUAGAUGCACAAAAUUGUUAGAUUUAUUUUAAAUAAAAUAUUGAAAAGUA